AUCAUAAGCCUCCAGGGGCGCGCGCGCGGGAACGGAUAAACUCACCGCCCGUGAAACCACGCCGAGCGCCAGCCAUGGCCGCUCUCCACGCGGAGCCCUCUCUCGUCGCUCCUCUCUUCCCUUCUGCCGCUCCUCGCCGGAACCUCUCUCCGUCGGAGGGAAACCUAGGGUUCCGCCUCAAGCCCUUCCGUCUCUCCAUUGUCUCCCCACCCGUCCCUCACCCCUGCCCCUGCUCCGCCGGUACCCUAGACCCCGAGCCGGCAAAGGAGAACCCUACUCUGAACUCUAGCACUAAGGUGGGAGGCAGAGAGGGGGGCAGAGAUCGGCGGAGGGCGGUGAGGAUCGCGUGGGAGAAGCUGGUCCGCUGGUCCCGGUCCUGGCGAUCCAAGGCCAAGAGCGACGUCCUCGAACGAACCAAGAAGGUUGUGGUUCUUGGGGGUGGAUCAUUUGGGACGGCAAUGGCAGCUCAUGUUGCGAGCAAGAAGGCUGAAAUGGAAGUUGCAAUGCUUGUUAGGGAUGUUGAUGUUUGUCGAGAUAUUAACGAGACCCACUUUAAUAGCAAAUACUUCCCAGAACACAAACUGCCAGAAAAUAUUAUUGCAACAACAAAUGCGAAGGAUGCUUUACUUGGAGCUGACUUCUGCUUACAUGCUGUUCCUGUGCAGUUCAGCUCAUCCUUUCUUGAAGGAAUUUCACAACAUGUUGACCGGAACUUGCCAUUCAUAUCUCUUAGCAAAGGUUUGGAACUGAAUACUUUAAGGACGAUGUCUCAAAUUAUUCCACAUGCAUUAGGAAACUCUCGCCAACCUUUUACUGUGCUAUCGGGGCCUUCGUUUGCAGUGGAGUUGAUGAAGAAAUUGCCAACAGCAAUGGUUGUGGCAUCAAAAGAUAAGAAGCUGGCAAGUGCCAUCCAGCAGUUAUUAGCUUCACCCCAUCUGAGGAUAAGCUCAUCCAGUGAUGUUACAGGGGUUGAAAUUUCUGGUGCACUCAAAAAUGUACUUGCCAUAGCAGCAGGUAUUGUAGAGGGGAUGAAUCUUGGAAAUAAUUGUAUGGCAGCUCUUGUUGCACAGGGUUGUUCUGAGAUACGAUGGUUGGCGACGAAGAUGGGAGCAAAGCCAACGACGCUUACUGGCCUAUCAGGAUCUGGUGACAUUAUGCUUACAUGUUUUGUGAAUCUUUCACGAAAUAGAACUGUCGGAUUGCGUCUUGGAUCAGGAGAGAAACUUGAUGAUAUAUUGAAUUCAAUGGAUCAGGUAGCUGAAGGUGUAUCAACAGCUGGGGCUGUUAUUGCAUUGGCUCAGAAAUACCAUGUAAAAAUGCCAGUCUUGACAGCAGUUGCCCGCAUCAUUGACAACGAAUUGACUCCAAAAAAGGCUGUUUUGGAGUUGAUGAGCCUUCCACAGGUUGAAGAGGUAUAAAAAGUAUGAAAAAGUUAGGCAUCAAGGGCCCAGUAUUCUGAGGGUGAACCUGGAUAACUUUUCUGUUGAAGUUAAUUACAAUGCCUGUGGUUUACAACACCACCAUGAACCUUUGCAGCCAGAGUCAUAAUUCUUUGGUCAGCAGGAAUUUUGUUCUCUCCUUCAAGGAAAUAUUCAAGCAUGGAAUUUGUUGACAUCUGAAUCACAGACUGAAUUGACUGCAGAGAAAGUGGAUUGCAUAAUUCAAAUCAAGAAAUCAGAUGUUUUGCCUGAACCUUUUGUAUGUGCUGCUUGGCCUCAGCUACUAGCUUGGUGAUUUUUGAUGCCAAACCAUUAUAUGAUUGUGAUUGGUUGACUAUUACAGCUGAAUGACUAGCAUAAAUUGUCUAAAAUAUAUACCACAUCAGGUGAUUAAACUCUCCUGAGAAGCUCACUGGUGAAUUACUUUAUCACGGUGUUGCUGAAAUGAACAUGAUUCAUCUUUUAAGCUUAUUCUCGGA